GGCUGCUUUUAAACACAACCGUCCGUCGCCAUUUUAAGAGCCCGACGUGCAAACACCGGCAGUAGACCGUUGUUGCGCAGCAGUUUAUACCGUUUUUUGCAUUUUAAUUAUAGUUUUCUCUGAUAUAAGGAUCAAUGUCUCGAUUCAACAAUAACCGCGGCGGCCUCGGGAUGAAUAACUUCCAGCAACGCAGAGGGGGCAUGGGGCCCGGCGGGCCGAUGCGGGGUGGGCUGAUGGGGAAUCCACAUUUCAGGACCCAUCCGUUUCAGAAUCAGAACCAAAACCGGAGGGGAUCAAACAAUAACUUCAACAGACCGCUUAACCAAGGACCACAAACUCCUCAGAAGCCACAGCCGAACCAGUCGCUGCCGAUUAUCCCUCCACCGAGUCCCGGUCCGGCUCUCACAAUGAAAGGCCCGAUGCAGCAGCAGGAGAAACCGGCCACGGCACCGGCACAGCCCAAACCGACAACCCCCGCGCCUCAGCCAAAGAUUGAGUCACCCUCUCCUAAACCCAUCAUGGCCUCCCCUCCCCCGAACCAGCCGAACAAGGACCAGAACCAGCAGCUGAAGUCCCCGGUAGGGAAUGCUAACGGGCAGAAGCCGCCUCCACAACCAAGCCCCAAGUCAGUCCCCCAACAAGGCCCAAAGGCAGGUCCUCACCAAGGCCAGAGGACGGGGCCACACCAAGGCCCGAGGGCAGGCCCGUACCAAGGCCAGAGGAUGGGGCCACCGCCGAUGAAGCCCAGACAUGAGCCAGACAGAAUCACCACAAAGAAUGACGCAUCCGGGUCAGAUGGGAGCCAGGAAAAGGCAUUCAGGGCAACGCUUUCCAUGCUGCUGAAACCCGGCGAGAAGACUUACACUCAGCGGUGUCGUCUAUUCAUCGGAAACCUGCCCAACGACAUCACAGAGGAAGAUUUCAAAAAGCUCUUCGCUAAAUAUGGAGAGCCCAGCGAGGUUUUCAUCAGCAAAACCAAAGGCUUUGGUUUCAUCCGAUUGGAGUCCCGUGCACUUGCAGAGAUAGCAAAGGCCGAGUUGGACGACACGCCGAUGAAAGGCAGGCCCCUGCGUGUCCGUUUUGCCACGCACUCCGCAGCUCUGUCUGUCAAGAAUCUGUCACCGUUUGUGUCUAACGAGCUCCUGGAAGAAGCUUUCUCCCAGUUCGGAAUGGUGGAGCGGUCCAUCGUCAUCGUGGACGACCGCGGGCGCUCCACAGGGAAGGGCAUCGUUGAGUUUGCCUCCAAACCUGCCGCUAGAAAGGCCCUGGAUCGGUGCAAUGAGGGCGUCUUCCUGCUCACCACGUCACCACGGCCUGUCGUUGUCGAGCCUCUGGAGCAGUUUGAUGAUGAAGAUGGUCUUCCAGAAAAGCUUGCACAGAAGAACCCCAGAUAUCAAGCAGAGCGUGAGGAACCUCCUCGUUUUGCACGUCCCGGCACCUUCGAAUUUGAGUACUCCAAGCGCUGGAAGUCCCUGGAUGACAUGGAGAAGCAGCAAAGGCAGCAGGUGGAGAAGAACAUGCGCGAGGCCCGCGAGAAGCUGGAGAGCGAGAUGGAGGACGCGUUCCAUGAGCACCAGGCUAACCUGCUCAGACAAGAUCUGCUGAGGAGACAGGAGGAACUGCGACGCAUGGAGGAGGUGCACAGUCAGGAGAUGCAGAAGAGGAAGGAGAUGCAGAUCAGACAAGAGGAAGAGCGCCGCCGGCGGGAAGAAGAGAUGAUUCGCAAGAGGGAGAUGGAGGAGCAGAUGCGCCGCCAGCGUGAGGAGAACUACAGGAUGGGCAACUACAUGGACAGGGACAGAGAAAUGAGAAUGAAUCCUGGUGGAGCUUUGGGCAUGGGCGAUAUGCCCUUCGGUGGAGCCAACCAGAAGUUCCCCAUGGGCUUUGAGGGGCAGAAGGGAAUGGGACCAGCCGCAGGAGGCCUGAUGGGCAACGAAAUGCGCAACGAGCGCUUCGCCCAGGGCGGUCCUAGGGGAAUGGGUCCUGGUAACCCCGGGUUCGGCAGGGUACGCGAGGAGUUUGAUGGUCCUGCUAAGAAACCCCGCUUUUAAAACGCUGCCCUUUUGAUGCUCCCAGCAGCACCAUUUUUGUAUAAAUUCUCCACAACAAACAUAUUGAGUCGCAUUUCUUGUAUUUAAGUUUAAAUUGUUGCUACAUUUUAGCUUGACAAUUUACUCAUUUUAUGACAAAGUCAAUAUUUUCCCCUUUUUUUAUUUUGUAUUGUCAGUAGUUUGGAAAGAUGGGACACCCUCGUGUGAUCUUUAGUUCUUUCUGAUCCAUGUAUAAUUUUCUUUUCUAGAUGUAUUAUGCUCUGUGAGUCGCCGUGAACUGAUAACUGUAACAAUUCUCUCUACCCUUAUGGCUGUGUUUUGUGCCAUACAUUUGGAGUAAGCAUGUAUUAUAAUAAAGAGACAUUGGUUCUAUCAGGACAAACGUUAGCAUUCAUUCCAAAGUUGAGACGUACAGUCAAAGCAACCAAAUGCCAACAUUUGGCUGUUUGUAAGUAAUGUGGAUACAUCUGCCACAUUGGGUCUUAAAGGAUCUAUGUGUUAUCUCUGCCACAGUCCUGGCUUCGUUUGCGCGCUGCAAAUGCCCCAUCCCCACCCUUUUUUCCCUCCAAUCAAAUUCAAAUGACCAACUGACAGUCAGUCACUAUAAUGUCUGUUCAUUAUACUUCUGACAAAGAAGUGACAUUGCUUGUGCGUGACGACACUGGUAAGACAUUUAGCAUCUGCUAAGAAGUCAGCACUCUUGAAAUGUUGAACCAUCCAGGAGACUCCAUUCUUAAUUUCCACUUACACUGCUCAGUGGAAAUGGA